GCAGACUCCCCGGAGGCGGCGGCGGGCCCGGGGCCGGGCUCGCAGGACGAGUCUCCUGGCUCCGCGGCCCACGCUCGGAAGCGAAUUGGGACCGAGCCAGGGGCGGGGCUGGUAGGAGCAGGGGCGGCGGAGGCCGGGGCGGGGGCGGCCGCCGAGUUAGGGUUAGGGCGAGAGGAUUCGACUUCCUGGCGGCAGAGGGCGCCUGGCGCUGCGGUCCGGCGUGGCGGAGCCGCCAGCACGGGCGCCGAGAGGACAGGCAAGGCGAGGCGAGGAGCGCGAGCGGCGGCGGCCACUGCCACGUAUUCCCGGCAGUGGCGGCGGCGGCGCGGCAGGAGAAUUGGCUCUUACCUACCAGGGAGCGUUGGGAGCUGUAUGGGUCUAGGGAGGCUGAAAGUCCUCUGCUGCAGGCCUAUCCCACAAACCAGGCUUGUCUCCCUUACCCAUCCCAUGCCCCUAGCACCUCUUUUGAUGAAAACAGAACCAGGUACCAGAAAAAACUCAAGUCACCUCUACUGGAAAUCCGUUUGCUUGAAACUAUUGAAACAGCAGUUCCUGAAGUUGAAGAAAAGUUCUCUCUACAGGAGGUUCUGCACCCCAUCCGGUGGAGUGUGACCCUUCCUCCAGAACCCCCUCUGGACACGCCCUCCCAGUCUCCCCGAGGGAAGAUGCGGCAGCUCAAAGGGAAGCCCAAGAAGGAGACGUCCCGGGACAAGAAGGAGCGGAAGCAGGCCAUGCAGGAAGCCCGGCAGCAGAUCACCACGGUGGUGCUGCCCACGCUGGCCGUGGUCGUGCUCCUGAUUGUCGUGUUUGUGUAUGUGGCCACGCGCCCCACUGUCACUGAAUGAUCGCCAGGGGACUGGGAAAGCCAAAGAAAAAUGGCUUUCCUACUCAGAGAUUUCCCCGAAGCUGAGCUCUGAGCAGGAGCGCCCUGUCUUCUCUGGUCUUUGACUUGAUUAAAGUUUUUCCACUUUUCUUGGGCGGGAAUAGGGAGCAUUUUAUCAGUGAACGUGCCAUAUACCUUAUGGUCCACUUCAUGUGCCUUUCAGACUUCCAAGCCGUGUGUCUGUGUUUCUUUUUCUCUCCUAAAAUCUGUAUGUAACGCCACCUGGUGAGAGGAAGAACCUCUGGAUCAUGACUCAGUUGGAAUCCGCACUCAUCCCAUCCCCACUGAUUCGAACAUGACUUUUCCUACAUGUGUUCACAAUUUCCAAAGGGACUGUAUUUCUUCUCGUUGCUUAAUGUGAUUUGAAAUAUGUCGACUCAAAAGUGAAAUAUUUAUUUUUUGAAUAAAGGAGAUA